AUCCCUUCUCUUCCGCGCCCCCUAUUUUAUCAUUCUUCAGAAAACCCUUAGAUUUGUUACUUCUCUUCUCUUCUGUACAUCAUUCUUAUUAGAUAAUAAUAAUCAUCAUCAAUCUUUAAUCUUUCCAAUUCUUAGAUAAUAAUCAUCAAACAGGAAGGAAACAAUAAUAAAGAUGCAACCGGAUAACGGCUCUGAUUCUUCGCAACAACAACAACAGCAACAGCAGCAGCUGACGGUUGUGUCUUCAUCGACGGCUUCUCCUAUUCCUCCACCUCCUCCUAUGCAGCAACAGUGGGUAACUAUGCAAUAUCCGGCGGCGGCGAUGGUAAUGCAGCAUCAGAUGAUGCCAUCGCCUCACUACCCACCGCACUAUAUGUCUUACCAUCCCCAUCACUACCAUCAUCCUUAUCAUCAAACCCCACAUCAUUAUCAGAAUCACCCUUAUCAUCAUCAACACCAACAACAACAACAACAACAGCAACAACAAAACGGAGGAGGAUCCAACGGAGAGAAUAAGACUAUCUGGGUUGGUGACCUUCAUCACUGGAUGGAUGAAGAUUACCUCCAUAGUUCUUUUGCUUCAACUGGCGAGGUUACAUCUAUUAAGGUUAUUCGUAAUAAGCAAACUGGUGUGUCUGAAGGUUAUGGAUUUGUGGAGUUCAAUUCACAUGCUGCAGCUGAUAAAGUUCUGCAAAACUAUAUUGGAAAAUCAAUGCCAAAUGCAGAGCAACAAUUCCGUUUAAAUUGGGCAACAUUUAGCAUGGGUGAUAAACGUUCCACUAAUGGUUCUGAUCUUUCUAUAUUUGUAGGAGAUUUAUCUGCAGAUGUUAAUGAUAGCUUAUUACAUGAAACAUUUGUUACUAAAUACCCAUCUGUUAAGGCUGCUAAAGUGGUCAUUGAUGCAAAUACUGGGCGUUCAAAAGGAUAUGGUUUUGUUAGAUUUGGUGAUGAGAGCGAGAGAGCACAGGCAAUGAAUGAAAUGAAUGGUGUAUACUGUUCAAGCAGACCCAUGAGAAUUGGUCCUGCUACUCCAAGGAAAUCAUCUGGCUAUCAGCAUCAGUUUUUUUCUCAAGGUGUAUCAAAUGGUGCUUUAAACCAAGGCCUUCAAUCUGAAGUUGACUUUACCAACACAACAAUAUUUGUUGGAGGCCUCGACCCAUCUGUUACUGACGAGGAUCUUAGACAACCCUUCUCGCAAUAUGGGGAGAUAGUUUCUGUGAAAAUACCUGUUGGCAAAGGGUGUGGUUUUGUGCAAUUUGUUAACAGAAACAACGCUGAAGAUGCUCUCAGUCAACUGAAUAAUUCAACGAUAGGCAAGCAAACUGUGCGGCUUUCUUGGGGUCGAAAUCCAGCUAAUAAGCAGAUGAGAGGUGAAUAUGGCAGCCCGUGGAAUGGGGCUUACUAUGGUGGGGCGCAGAUGUAUGAUGGCUAUGGAUACGCAUAUCCAUCACCUCAUCACGAUCCUGGAAUGUAUGCUGCUGCUGCAUAUGGAGGUUAUCCCAUGUAUGGAAGCCACCAACAGCAAGUAAGCUGAACAACAUCUUCUUAAAUUCUUUUCAAACAAGAUCCACCCCGGGAGUACCUUGUUUGAUUAGAUCAUUUUAGUGUCGGACUGGUUAGUAAUGAUGGAUGAACUUGGAGUCCUCUCCGGUUGAGGAGUGGAAUGGAAUUUUGACUUUUAUUGAUGAUUUUAUUUUCUUCUUUUCUAGUAGGAUGUUUUAAUUGACUAUUUACUUUUAGCUAUUUAUAUUUGAUUUGAAACGUUUGAUUGGAAUAAGUACGCUAGUCUUUAGCAGAAUUUUAUGCUAGAUUGAUAAUUUCUGUUUACUU